AGCGGGCUGACAGAGCCGGGCGAGCGCUGGCAGUUCCGUGGUGGGGAUGGUGAGGAGCGCCGGCUUCCCGAGCAGCGCUGGCCACUGCGGACUUCCGAGGCACUCCGGGCCGUGAAAACCUCUGCGCCGCGGCCAAUCUCAGGCCUCCGAGGCCGGCCGCAGUUUUCCAAGCUGGGCUGAAAGGAGUGUCUAUCUCCGUAGCACCGGUUCUCCUAAUCCCGAGAGACAGACCGGGGAUCUCGAGCUUCCCCGGCGACCCCUAGUCCCGGCCUCCUGUGCGCGCCCGACCUAGACCCCCUCGGGUGUCCCAGGCGCGGACGAGCCGCGGCCGGGUCCUGGCGUGCACCAUGAUCGUAGCGGACUCCGAGUGCCAUUCCGAGAUCAAGGGCUACCUGCCGUUCACCAGGGGCGGUGUGGCCGGCCCCGAGACCCGAGAGGAGCAUCGGGAGGGCCGGGAGGGCCAGGUCCGGCGAGGCUCUCGAGGGCCCAGCGCUUUCAUUCCAGUGGAAGAGAUCCUUCGGGAAGGAGCUGAGAGCCUGGAGCAGCACCUGGGGCUCGAGGCCCUGAUGUCCUUAGGGCGGGUGGACAACCUGGCGGUGGUGAUGGGUCUACACCCGGACUACCUUAGCAGCUUCUGGCGCCUGCACUACCUGCUGCUGCAUACGGAUGGGCCCCUGGCCAGCUCCUGGCGCCACUACAUUGCAAUCAUGGCUGCUGCCCGUCACCAGUGUUCUUACCUAGUGGGUACCCACAUGACUGAGUUCCUGCAGACCGGCGGUGACCCCGAGUGGCUGCUGGGCCUUCACCGGGCCCCUGAGAAACUCCGCAAGCUCAGCGAGAUCAACAAGUUACUGGCGCAUCGGCCGUGGCUCAUCACCAAGGAGCAUAUCCAGGCCUUGCUGAAGACUGGCGAGCACAGCUGGUCCCUGGCCGAACUCAUCCAAGCGCUGGUCCUGCUUACCCACUGCCACUCUCUGGCCUCCUUUGUGUUUGGCUGUGGAAUACUUCCUGAGGGAGAUGCAGAGGGCAGCCCUGCCUCCCAGGCACCUUCGCCUCCCAGUGAGCAAGGCACCCCCCCGAGCGGGGACCCACUGAACAACUCAGGGGGCUUUGAAGCCGCUCGGGACGUAGAAGCUCUGAUGGAACGCAUGAGGCAGCUUCAGGAGAGCCUGCUGCGGGAUGAGGGGGCUUCGCAGGAGGAGAUGGAGAACCGUUUUGAGCUGGAGAAGUCAGAAAGCCUGCUGGUGACCCCCUCAGCGGAUAUCCUGGAGCCCUCUCCACACCCAGACAUCCUAUGCUUUGUGGAGGACCCCACAUUUGGAUAUGAAGACUUCACUCGUCGAGGGACUCAGGCCCCCCCAACCUUCCGUGCCCAGGACUAUACCUGGGAAGACCAUGGCUACUCGCUGAUCCAGAGGCUCUACCCUGAGGGAGGACAGCUGCUGGAUGAGAAGUUCCAGGUAGCCUGCAGCCUCACCUAUAACACCAUCGCCAUGCACAGUGGCGUGGACACCUCCAUGCUCCGCAGGGCCAUCUGGAACUACAUCCACUGCGUCUUUGGCAUCAGAUACGAUGACUAUGAUUACGGCGAGGUAAACCAGCUCCUGGAACGGAACCUCAAAAUCUAUAUCAAGACGGUGGCCUGCUACCCUGAGAAGACGACCCGCAGAAUGUACAACCUCUUUUGGAGGCACUUCCGCCACUCAGAGAAGGUUCACGUGAACUUGCUGCUCCUUGAAGCCCGCAUGCAAGCAGCCCUGCUCUAUGCCCUGCGCGCCAUCACCCGCUACAUGACCUGACUACCCCACACGCAGGACCAGCACCCGGGAGCAGCUGACCCUGGGCCACCGUCCUCUGUGCAAGGACUUCUGUGUCUGGAGACAGAUCCGGGAAGGACCCUUUCUGUCUCAUGUCUAUCCACCACAUGCUGGGGAUGGGCAUGUCUGUGGCCCCAGGCAGCCACCAGGGCAAGCCACAUUUUCCUUUUCCUCACUGGACUGAACAGAACCGUCGCACUGACUUUGGGGUCUGAGCUCUGUCCCUGGAGCUGGAAGAAGAUUAGGAAAGGCCAAGGGCCACAUCCCCUUUUCUUCCCCUGCUCCUAAAAGAUGAAGGCUACAGAGCUAAGGCUGGGCCCCAGGCACCACAAGAGCUGCCUUCCUGGACUGGGAAGCCCCUGGCUGCCUGUGUGGGAGAGGAGCAAGGACGUCCAGGGACUAGCACUCCAGGAAGCUUGCCUUCCCUCCUUCCUCAUUCUCCAGUUUCAUCAGCCCCCCAACCUGCCUCCCACCCAUCAAUGUGAAAGUUGGGCUCACAGCUGGUCUGUGUGCCCAGUUCCCCUAAAGCCUGUUCUGUUGGGCAUCCUGUUCUUUGGUUACCUGAGGAGGGGUUCAGUUCUUUUGUCUCCUUUGCCCUCAUACCCUUUUCUCCCAUGCCUGGUGGUGUGGGGCCUGGGAGAGGGGCCAAACAUAUCCAAAGAACACACUGUCUCUGGAGAGUUGGAGCCCGUGGUGGUCUCCCUGCUGUCUGAAGAGUAAGGAGUGGCUGCUGGUGAACUCUGUAUUUGGGUCUUGAGGACCUCACCGUGGAGCCAGAGUCAAUCUGUCCCUCUAGAUGGUAUUGCCACACGGAGGCUGGCAUCCCGACCUCCUUAUCCCUUGGGUUCUGCCAAGAGUGUUUGCCAAAAACAAAAAACAAACAAACAAACAAAAAAAAAAAACUGAGCCUUUCUUAGGUGGCACCAGGGCCCACCCAGUAAGAUGCAUAUACCAAGGUUCUCUUUCCCUGGGCUGCAUGGCUCCACUCCUUGGACCUCACGUUGGAGACUGGGGGAUUGGCUUACAUUUCUUAAGGUUUGACGCUUUCCUCUGGGCUCUCUGGCCAAACCAUCAGCAGCAGACUGACUUUUCUCGCAAGACCUUGAAGGCCCCUGGGGACCCUUAUUCCACAGUCAGCCUUUCCUGGCUGCCUUCCAAGGGACACCACCCCCAUCCCAGUGUCCCAUCUGUCCCCUCUCCCGGAUUUAAAUGGAUGACUUGGCAGAAGCAGCCACCACCGACAAGCACUUUGCAGAGCAAACAACUGUGAAUUCUGAUGUCCCUUCUUCCCCUUCCACCAGCAGCAGUAGAUAGGUGCCUCCUCUCAGACCAGUCCAGAGCUGUCUGAGGGAACCAAGACACCCUGCUGCCAUCUCCAGCUCAUCUCCAUCGGGCCAGGCACCACAGGAGCCUGGCCAAUGUGCCACACUUGACGCCCGUGCAGGCACGGGAAGCCACUAGUACCCCCUCCAGGCUUGAAAGCUCUCCCUGCAGUGAAGGUGGGCAAGAGAGGAGGGGGCCCCAGCAUGGGGGGGGGGGAGUUCUAGAGGGGACACGAUGAUGCCGACAGUGUCCCCUGGGUGGGCGGGAAAGGGCAUCCAGUGUUAAAGUGCAGAAAUCUUGGACCUUGUAAACAGUAAUAGAAAUAAAAGUGCUGAGGUUUGUUUUGUA